UUAUUACACCCAAGGAUGACAUCUACCCAUACAUCUCAUGGACAGGAAAUUAUGAUGUUGUCAAAGCUCAGGCGUUUCGCAGAGAUGAUGAUGUGGAGGAUGACAGAAUCAAGGUUCUGAUGGAGAUGAUAAAGAAGGGGCAUGAUUUUAGUGAGCAUGUUUGGGAAACUGAAGAAAAUGAAGUGAUUUCUUUAUCUCUCGAUGACGAAUCAGCUGUGAAUGAUGAAGCAAGCGUGAAUGUUGAAGCAGCCGAGAGUGAUGACGACUUUCAGACUCCGAAAGGAUCAAAAAACGUUGGUUCUAGAUCAAAGAGGGGUAAAAGAGGCUUCCCGAUCGUGGUAUGGAGAAGAGAAAGCAUAAGGUUCUCGCAAGUGGCGCAAAGCAAGCUCCUUUUAAUGAAGACAUGAAGGCUUUUAUGACACAGUUGUUUGAGCACAACUUCUCUGGAAUGGAACAAAGGAUACAGAAACAGAUGGCCGAGACAUUUGAGCAGAUGCGGACAGAGCUUAAACAAUCACGUAAGGAAGCCAGCGUUGAAGUUGAGCUUGGAGAGCCUUCACCGACAAAGCCAUCGACGAGCCAGGCACCGUUGAGGAGGUCCACACGCGGGGUAAACAAACACUAGUCUUCACCAUCCUCUUCAAUGUUAUUUUGUCUUGUUUAAGUUCGUGGUUUGCGUGUCUGUUUGUUUUAUUGGCAUCUAAGUUAUCGGCCUGAAUUUUGUUAUACUUUAUAAGGUCUCGGUUUGUAUGUGUGCUUGGUGUGUAAGUGUCCUUGGUUUGUAAGUGUCUUGUUUGAACUUAUGUAAUGGUCUGGAACUUUUAUGUAAAAUAAUUAAGUAAUGAUAAUGUAUUUUGGUAUCUCAAUUAUUGCUUAUUUGUCAUGAAAUAACAGGAUGGUUCCGAGACUACAUUUGAUGUGAAAUAUAGUGAAGCAGAUGAUUUGGGUCGCGGGAUAGGUACACAAGGGGUUGAAGGGCUUUCUCAGACGUCGUAUGUGCCAGGCUUUGAUCCAUCUCAGGACAAAAAAGAAGAAGACUGGUGGACUCCAAUGACUUCGGUCCGAGGUUCAGUGGAUAAUCCAGUAAAGAAAGAAAAGACAGAGAUGAAUACAGCUCCACCGCCGUCACAGUGGGAGAAAUGGUGCAAAAGAAAAGGUCAUGGACUUCAGCUUAGCGAUUCACCAUUGCCAGAAGAUGCUUCUCCGCAGGCGUCACUUUAUUAUAUCUCCGAAGAGUCAUGGAAAGGAUUCACGGAAUGGGCAUUAAAGCCUAUACCUUUAACAAUUGGUCCUACAUGCUUUAAUUUGUCUGUAGCUACAAGAGUAGUAAGUGCUGGAAAAUGGCUUGGAAACGAGGAGAUGGAUGCGGUUAUGUUUAUAUGGCGUGUGAACACUACAUUGAAUCGUUGGGCCCCUCGGCGUGUUGCUUUCAUGAGUGCUAUGUUUUGCCUCCAAGUAGACGCUGCAUACAAGAAGUUUUUACCAAACAAAAAAGCCUAUCAGUUGCCUGAUUUCCUUCUUGGGUACGGCAGAGGAGAGCUUCCAUCUCAUGGACGGACUGAUCUAGUUUGGGGUGUUGAUGUUGAUCGACUCUACUUUCCUCUGUUUGUAAAUGGUAAUCACUGGGUUGGUGUCUGUGUAAACAUCAUUGAAAGAAAAGUAGAAGUCUUUGAUUGCGGUCGGGGAAAGAACAGACAGUACGUUGAGAAGUUUGCUGCUAUCAUUCCUAGGAUAGUGAAGUCCGUUGCACCACAAGAGAGACAGAAGCAGCUACUGCUCUCAUCAUAUUCUAUCGUGGAAGUGCCUAUGAAGUUGAGAUUGAACAAAAGUUGUUGUGAUUGCGGUGCAUACACUCUGAAGCACUUGGAAUGCUCGCUGCUUGGUCUUGACGUCAGUUUAGUGGAUGAUGAAAUCAUUAUGGGUUGUAGACAGAAGAUUGGAGUGGACUUAUGGGAGGCUGCACACGACCCCAUCUUUGCUGAGGUUAUGACACGUUAUAUGCCAUCACCAUGGGAGAGGUCUGAGGUCUUUGACCUGGAGGAUGAUUGAUUAACUGUGAUUUUAGUAGUUUGGUUUGUUAGAAUUAGAAAACAACUUUGGCUUUGGUAUUUGAUUUGGCUUUGGUAUUUGAUUUGAAUUAAGAAACAACUCUAGCUUUGAUUUUGUAUAAAUUAUGAAACAA